AUGGGUUCCAGCGGCGAAGAUGGUUCGAAGCUGGAGCUCGGGAAGAUUGUCGAGGUGAGCGGAAAGGGCCUCGGCAUCGUGGCGACGCGCGAUGCGGUCGCCGGAGAGGUUGUCGCGCGCGAACAAGGCCCGAUGGCGAUCUCGCUCUCCCGUGACCAGCUCGGGGUGCGAUGCUGUCGCUGCGCGGGGCGCGCGGCGCGACCGUCCGCGACGCAAAUAUGCGAUGAGGGUUGCGGCGCGAUGUGGUGCUCCCCCGAGUGCGCGGUCGCCGAUACCCACCUCCACGCGGACUCGGGCGAGUGCUCGUUUCUCCUGGACAUCGGUCCGGACCCCCGCGUCGCGAUGUGUCAGCCCUGCGGUCCGGGGGAUCGGCGAACGGGCAGGAGGAGGAGGGUCGAGAGCGACUGGGUCACGCUCGCGGACGACGUGCGCCUGCUGCUGCGCGCGCGACGCGUCGGGAUACUCGAGGGAGGCGCGGAGGAACGCCUCGCCUCGCUCGACGCGAACGCUCCGGCUCCCGACGACGACGACGAAUCAUCCCUCCUCGCCGCCGCCUCCGAGGGAUCCGACGCGACGCUCCGUCGCAUCGCGUCCAUCGCGGUGGACGCUCACAAACGCAGAGACGGAGGCGGAGGAGGCGGCAUCAUUCCCGAGGAUGCGGAGGCGAACGACGCGAACGAGGCGCGCGACGACGACCACGCCGAACUCGAUUCAUGGUUGCGCGCGGCGUUAAUCGUCUUCGCCAACUCCUUCGACGUCGAGGCGUGGGGCGCGAGGCGCGGGUCCGAAUUUCCCCGGCCCGCUCGCGUCGCCGGGGCGGUGUAUCGAACGCUGUCGCGGUUCAACCACUCGUGCGCGCCCAACUGCACGUGGUCGUUCGUGCACGAGUCGGAAUCUAAACCCGGGGGCGGCGCCGUCUCCGUGAACGUCCGCGCGAUCAAGCCCGUCAAGUCGGGCGACGAGCUCACGAUAUCGUACGUCGACCCGACGGUGGGACGCGCCGAGCGACGGGAACAGCUGUGGGCGAAGUACCGGUUCGAGUGCGCGUGCCACCUGUGCGUCGGUCCCCGGGACGUCAAUCGGCAGCUGCCGGGGACGGAUCCGUAUCUCGAGGCGGUGUUUGGCACCAUCGACGAGAAGGACGCGAGGGCGACGGUCGAGGAAACCGACGGAAUGAUCCGGGACGUCAGGGCUGCGAUUCGAUCGAUCCGCACGGACGAGGACGUGAAGAAGCUGGACCUCGCCGUCGAUGCGCUGCGGGGCAAGCUGCGGUGUCGCACGAGACCCUUCGAGGUGGAUCGAGGUGAGAUGGCGAAACUGAUCGAGGGGGAAGAAGCGCGUCCGAGGUGGACGCACUCGCGCAGGCCCGAUCACGUGUCCAAGGCUGAGCACGAGAGGCUCCAGGGCGACGGUUUCCAUCCGUUUCAUUUCACGAGCAUGGAAGCGUACGGGAUCUUGGGGGUGGCGUCGUCCAUCAAGGCGAAGUGGUUGAUGUUCCGGGAGCCCGGCGACAAAGCGGGAAUCGCGAAGUUGAUGAAGAUUGCCCUCGGGUACUCGAUGCUGCGAGCCUCCGCGCUGGACGAGUUGGCGCGAAAAGAGGCGGGAUUCGGAGACGCGGCGUCGCGUGCGUGGAUGGAGGUGAGCGAACGAGCCAUGUCCUGUGGGGUUCUGGAAAGGGUCGAUGACCCGGUCCGGGGCCCGUAUCGGCACCUGGAUCAGACCUACCUCAUGUCGAACGCCUUUCGCAAAGUGAUCGAGUGCGACGACGGCGGAGAGGAUGGCAUUCUCCACUCGGCGGUGAUGUGCUUACCCACAGCUCCUGGGUCCAUGGGGGGUCCAGCGUGGCACGGAACCUCUUUCAAUGGAGUCGACGUGGCUUUGGAGCCUCCCUCGGGUACGUUUGAGAUUGCGUCGGACGUGGCGAUGAACCUCGCGGACUACCACUCGCCCGGCUUGUGGAAACACAUCGUCGGCGCUUUCAACGCUCACCAGGAAGAGGUUGGCGCGGCGACUGUGCCCGUGAGUGAGGAUAACAUCGAGAAGGAGGAGGCCAAGCCCGCGCGCAUGGCAGUUGGCGAGGAAUGCGCCGAUGAUGCCAAAGGUUGA